UCCUUUAAUUACUUCUCGCGUGUGCGGGCGCUUGCCUUCCAUCACCGACACCCCCGAUUACAAAUUGCAAGCGAUUCUGGCUUCGCGGAUCGUUGCUGCUGAGUGCGUUGCGCCUCGAUACCGGCGCCCUCAAUCGUGUCCUUUCGGCCUCAAUAUACAAGCUGGUUCCAAUGGGCCUCGUUCAGCGGGUUACGAAAUGGUUGCCCUCCACGCCGAGUCUGCCCCUAGAUGACUCUUCGCGCGAGAAAGGCCGCAACUUCUCCAGAUUCGCCUUCUUCAGACGAAGAAUACGGCUAAAGGGCAACUCGUCGAUCUCAAUACCCCUGGGCUUUGUCUUACUAUUUCCAUGUCUUGUAAUAGUUCUUAUCCUCCUCCUAUUCGUACGACAUCCCUCCUCCCCGGGUGGUAUUUUGAUUCCUGCUGGCACCCCGCCUUCGAUAAGAAAAAUUAGCGAGAAAUAUGAUAAGGUCUUCGCUACCGGCUGCCUUCCGGUGGAAGAGCAGGACGGCCCACGCGCCAACGCUGCUUUUGUCGUCCUCGCGAGAAAUAAAGAACUGGAUGGUGUGGUACAGUCGCUCAAGUCGAUUGAGAGACACUUCAACCGCUGGUUCCACUACCCCUACGUGUUUCUGAACGAUGGCGACUUUGACGAUGACUUCAAGGCCACCGUCAAGAACUAUACAAGUGCUCCAGUGGAGUUCGGCAAGAUUGACGACUCCAUGUGGGGUUACCCCGACUGGGUCGAUCAUGAGGUGGCCAAGGAAGGUGUCCGGAAGCAGGGUGACGCUGCCAUUAUGUAUGGUGGCAUGGAGAGUUAUCACCAUAUGUGCCGCUUCUACUCUGGACAUUUCUACAAGCAUCCUCUCCUCAUGAAGUACGAAUGGUACUGGCGUCUUGAGCCCGAGAUCAAGUACUUCUGUGACAUCACAUAUGACCCCUUUGUCAAGAUGGCCGAGAACAAUAAGACCUAUGGCUUUACGAUCGCCGUCAAAGAGCUUCGUGAGACCGUCCCGAAUAUCUUCCGCUAUGCUUCCGCCUACAAACGCAAGAACAACAUGGACUCGAAAGGUCUAUGGGAAAUGUUCCUCGAGAAACCCGAGGAGGAAGAACAGAAGCCAGAGGAAGUUAAGCCAGAAAAGCUUCCCGAGGAGAUCCUUCUCAACGAACCCGGCGAGAAUACUGUCCCAGACAUUGAUCCCGAGGCUAUGGAAGGUGAAAAGUACAACAUGUGCCAUUUCUGGAGUAACUUCGAAAUUGCGCGGCUGGACUUCUUCCGCAGCAAGGAAUAUGAGGAAUUCUUCGAUAUGAUGGACAAGAGCGGUGGGUUCUGGAUGGAGAGAUGGGGUGACGCGCCGAUCCAUUCUCUGGCCGCUGGUAUUCUCUUAGGCCCUGGCGACAUCCACUACUUCCGUGACUUUGGCUAUCGGCAUACCACCAUCCAGCACUGCCCUGCGAACGCCCCUGCCCGUCAAUUACCUCGAAUUCCUUAUCUGGAGAUGACGACUGACGAUGAAAAGGAACGCUUUGAGGAAGACGACUACUGGGCGAACCCGGAUCCCGUUAAGGAGAAUGGUGUUGGCUGCCGAUGCAGGUGCGACACCGACAUCGUGGAUGUUGAGGGCAAGCAGGGCAGCUGCCUCGCCGAAUGGGUAGACGUUGCUGGAGGGUGGGCAUCUCCAUAGAGUCGAUCCCUGCCCUUUAAUGUUCGCUGUAUAAUCUUCGCCUCCUCGUUUCCGUACCUAUUUGUUCGACUAUGAGCAUUACUCGGGUCGCCCCCUUGGAGUUUUCUGCUUGAGAGCCUGCAUGUUACGUUGGCUGUGGGUUUCUGGACGGC